CCCUUUCCGCAGCAUUUCCGCCUACACGUUUUUGUUUCCGCGAAAGAAUGAGUUGCGCGAAUUAGACACGUUAUUGAAAAGCGAGAUUUUUUUUUAAUAUCAGCAGAAAUCCGCAGUCAUGUCAGACCGGGGAUCCUUCGACACUAAUGUUGUGACUUUGACGAGAUUUCUGCUUGAAGAGGGCAGAAAAGCCAAAGGCACGGGCGAGCUGACGACCCUGCUGAACGCGAUGUGCACGGCCGUGAAAGCCAUCUCCAGCGCGGUCAGGAAAGCAGGUAUCGCUCACCUGUACGGCAUUGCUGGAAGUACCAAUGUGACAGGGGACCAGGUUAAGAAGCUGGACAUCCUUUCUAAUGACCUCGUCAUAAACAUGAUCAAAUCUUCAUUUACCUCAUGUGUGCUGGUCACUGAGGAGCACGAGAGCGCAAUCAUUGUGGAACCAGAUAGACGGGGUAAAUACGUGGUGUGCUUUGACCCUCUCGAUGGUUCAUCCAACAUUGACUGUCUUGCUUCGAUUGGGACCAUCUUUGCCAUCUACAGGAAGUGCACAGACAGCGAGCCGUCCGAGAAGGAUGCCCUGCAACCUGGAAGAAAUAUAGUGGCUGCUGGAUAUGCACUGUACGGCAGUGCCACCAUGAUUGUCCUCUCCACCGGUCAGGGAGUCAACUGCUUCAUGUUAGAUCCAGCUAUUGGCGAGUUCAUUCUGGUUGACAGAGACGUGAAGAUUAAGAAGAAAGGCAACAUCUACAGUCUGAAUGAAGGAUAUGCCCUUUAUUUUGAUCCUGCUGUCACAGAGUACCUGCAGAAGAAAAAGUUUCCGGAGGCUGGCGUUGCGCCGUACGGGGCCCGUUACGUGGGCUCAAUGGUGGCAGAUGUGCAUCGAACACUCGUUUACGGAGGAAUCUUCCUUUACCCUGCAAAUGUGAAGAGCCCCAAAGGAAAGCUCCGACUGCUGUACGAGUGCAACCCCAUGGCCUUCAUCAUGGAGCAGGCCGGGGGGAUGGCCACCACAGGGACCAUCGACAUCCUGGACAUCCAGCCCGAGAGCCUCCAUCAACGGGUACCGGUGGUCAUGGGGUCCCCCGACGAUGUUCAAGAGUACAUUUCCAUCUUUCAGAAACAUCAUAAAUGAAAGAAAUAGUCAGAAUGAGAAAUUCCAAAGAAUAUGCAUAUACUUGACACUCCAAAAAUAAGAUACCAAAGUGUAUUGUUACCUCUAUAUUAAAUCUUUACAUCUAAAAGCAAAUGUUUUUAUACACUCCAUAAAGAAAUAUAAGAAGAAUUUUUGAGGACAGUGUUUACACAAGUGAAGUCGAUUUGCUUUGAGGCUGUUUUUAGAGAAAGCAGUUGAAAUUGUUGAUGGCCAAAACGACAAGAAGCGAGUUCAUGGCAGCAGUGAGGAGGAUUUGAGUUCAAGUUGCUUUUGUUUCUGCUUUACUGCACCCUACUGAGGGAAACUGUGAAUAAAGCUCUUGAUGAAACCAGA